UGUUUAAAUCUGUUGCAAACAUAUUGCGCAGUCACAUAGAGAAAACAUUUACAAAAUAAUGCAUUUAAAUAUAAAAAUAUAAAUAAAUAUGUAAUAAAAUAUAUAAAUAUUAUAAAACAUAUAACUAAAUAAAAUAAUAGUGGUGUUACAAUAGUGUUUUGGAAAACUCAAGCAAGAUGAGUAAUUCAAAACUGAGAAAUUGGACCAAUAAUAAUAAAUUGCUGGUAUUAUUUAUGCUGGCCACUCUAUGCCUUUUUGUGUCCACUGUUGCAUUAGCGACUAUGACUAAAGACUCUUGCGGACAAGUUCUUGAACUUCAAGGCAGCAACUUAACUAAAAAAGAAGAGAAAAAUCAAACAAUAGCGGAUAAAAAUUAUUAUCGACUUCCGAGGUCCAUCGUUCCAAAAAAUUAUAAACUUAUGCUUCAUCCUAACAUAUCAAGUAAAACUUUUAACGGCUCGGUAAUGAUUAAAAUAACUGCAACGCAACCAGCAAAAACAAUAACACUCCAUACGAAUAAUCUUACCAUUCAUGCAGUCACCUUGAAAAAUGCCAAUGGCGACGUUCCAAUAACAUCCACUAAAAUGACGCUGGACAAAAGAGAACUACUGAUUAUAAGCCUAGAAUAUGAAGUUUCCGGGGAAAAUUCGCUUUUCAUACUAUUCUCUGGAAGACUGGAUAAAAAAAUUGUUGGAUUUUAUGCUAGUCAUUUGAAAAAUGGCGGAACCAUGGUGGCGAGUAAGUUCCAACCGACUUAUGCCCGUCAAGCCUUUCCAUGCUUUGACGAGCCUGCUUUUAAGGCUACAUAUGAUAUUACUUUAUGGAAGCCACCGUCUUACAUUGCUCUUUCCAACAUGAACGAAAUAGGAUCAGUAUUUGAUAAAGAUUCUAACAUGGAUAAGGUUACAUUCGCUACAAGUGUUCCGAUGUCCACAUACUUAGCCUGCUUUGUGAUUUGUGACUUUGAUCACAAACAGGAUGAAAUUAACUCUGGUGACAUUGGAAGUAACUUCACCCUUCGCUCAUUUGCUCAAAGACAAGAACUGUACAAGAUUGAUUUUGCUCAAGAUAUCGGAAAGAGGGCUACUGAGUUCUAUAUCAGAUAUUAUGAAGUACCAUUCCCUCUGCCUAAAUUAGAUAUGAUUGCAAUUCCUGAUUAUGUAUCAGGAGCCACAGAACAUUGGGGUCUGAUUACGUACAGGGAGACAUCCUUCCUUGUAGACCCAGCUAAGGCAUCGGCUACAAACAAAAUAAAUGUUGCCAAUACAAUAACACAUGAGCUUGCUCAUAUGUGGUUUGGAAACUUAGUGACCAUGAAAUGGUGGGAUGAUGUUUGGCUCAAUGAAGGUUUUGCUUCAUACAUGCAAGUUAAAGCCUUAGAUGUUAUUGAACCUUCUUGGAAAGUGUUGGAUCACUUCCUAACUAAGACAUUACACCCAGUUUUGGCAAUUGAUGCAAAACUAUCAAGCCAUCCGAUAGUACAAACUGUACAGACUCCUGAUGAAAUCACUGCCAUAUUUGACUCAAUCUCUUAUAAUAAGGGAGCUUCAAUAUUAAGAAUGCUGGAAGGUUUCAUUGGCCCUGAGAACUUCCGUUUGGGGGUCUCGGAUUACCUAAAAAAGUAUAAGUAUGGCAACACCGUCACUCAAGAUCUACUGUCGUCAUUAGAACCUUACUUUAAGACAACCUAUCCUGAUUUGAAUCUCUCGUACAUAAUGGAUACCUGGACAAGACAAAUGGGCUACCCAGUCCUGGAAGUGAAAACGGGCGACAUGCCCAACACAUACUUUGUGACGCAGUCGCGGUUCCUUAUCGACCCUGAUGCUACGUAUCCCAAUGAUUCCAAAUUCAAUUACCGCUGGUUCGUGCCAAUAACAUUCAAGACUAAUAGUGGAACAAAUAAUGAAAUUGUAUGGUUGCCAGAUAAGGCACAAAAUGUGAAAUUGAGGGUAAAUGAUGGCGAUCAGUGGGUAAAGUUAAAUGUUGAUCAAGUUGGCUACUACAGAGUAAAUUAUUCAAUAUCCAUAUGGCAAACCCUGAUUGCAGCUAUGAAGUCUAAGUCCAAAGAGAUAACCCCAGCAGACAGAUCGAACCUCAUGGACGAUAUAUUCGCCCUAGCGGAGUCAAGACAAGUGCCAUAUAACCUAGCAUUAAACCUUACGACGUACUUGCUGGUAGAAAAUGAUAUCACGCCGUGGCGAACUGCCGCAUCUGUCUUCAGAGACUUAGAAGAUCGACUGUCUAACUCCUUGGCUUAUGAUAGUCUGAUGAAAUACGUCCAGCGCAUCAUUCGUCCUAUUUACGUGAAACAGAAUUGGGAAGCUGAAAAUCUACCUAUUCUCGAUAGUUUACUACGUACCACGAUCCUAUCGAUGGCCGCACACUAUCAGUUGCCGGAAGCUGAGGCGACAGUGAAGAGCAUGUUCCAACUGUGGUUGAACGGACACGGCGUAACUGAGAGCAAACCCAUACAGCAGGACUUGAGAGAACUCGUAUAUUAUUAUGGUAUGAAGUCAGCCUCCAUGACAGAUUGGGACAAACUGUGGAAAAUAUACCAGAAAGAGGAAGAUGUUCAGGAAAAGGUGAAACUGCGUAGGGCUCUGGCAGCGCCGCGGGACACCACUAUAUUACGCAAAUUCCUUCUCAUGGCAUGGGACGAGUCGAACAUUCGUAGCCAGGACUACUUGAACGUUGUAACACAGAUAAGCACGAAUCCUUCGGGCACGGCCCUCGUGUGGGAAGACGUACGGUCCCGGUGGCCGCAGCUAGUAGAAAGAUUCACGCUCAACAGCCGGUACUUGGGCAAUGUUAUCCCGGCUAUAACUGAAACUUUUAAUACGGAGCUUAAGCUUCAAGAGAUGGAAACAUUCUUCGCUCAAUACCCCGAAGCGGGCGCCGGGGAAGGAGCCCGCGCCCGCGCACUAGAGACCGUCCGCAACAACAUACGGUGGAACCAAUACCAUCUCAACGACGUCGCCGCCUGGGUCAACGCUAACCAGAGAGCUUAACUUCUAUAUUUAAAUAAGUACUUAACACCGCGGUACUGUGGUUCUAGAUUGUUCUCGAAUGUUCGCAGAUCGUCUGAUGUUAAUUUAUGAUCCUAGUCAGGUAUUCAAUGGGUUCUGUCUGAUACAUCUUCCCACGGGAAAAUUAAAUUUUAUAGGUUUUUAAGAUUCAGAAAAAUGUAUUCACAACGACUGCUGUCAAAUUAAAAAAUUGUGCAAUAUGGAAAAGCAACUCCAAAGAAAAGAUCUUUUAAAAGAAAAUACGUUUUGAUCACUAUUUAUAACGGAACCCAUGGAUAGAUUUUUCUACGAACUAGCGUCAAGAAUAUGAUCUCGAUCGCAUUCAACAGUCAAGAUUUAAUAAAAAUAAUCAUAGUCGAUAAAGUUAAGCAUUUUUUUCAUGAUUGUGCCUCUUGGUGUCUAUUAUAUUAUUAGUAUGAGAGUGAUGGAUGUCGUUUUAUCGACAUUUGACUGAUGGUUGGAUGACCGGCGCAAAGCGCUUGUGUGAUUGAACAUUGGGUAUCAUAGACAUAGAAAAUGGAGUACCUAUGCGUAAAAGCAGCAAUAAAAUUUUGAAAAAAUAAAUAAAAAUAAAUGGGACAUCUUUUGACAGCCAGUUUUUGUCAUUCUAGAACUAGGUAUGUUUUGGUCUUUUUUAAAUCGUUGAAACGCUGGCUUUUAAGGUAGAGGUUGAUGAUUUUUAGAUUAUUUGUUGAUGAAUCGUUUCUAAAAAGAGAGGUAAAUUCUUUUGCUCGCUGCAUUUUCUAUGUCUAUGGAUACAAAACGAUUAAAGGGUGUGUUGGAUUUGAUCUAUGCAGGUUUUAAUCAUAAGCGUUAAUAUACACAAUUUUAUAGAUGUUUAUAUUUACUAACUUAUUUAUGACUAGAAACUUGAAAUUUUUCGAUCGACUUUAUAGUAAGUACCAAAAUUCCGACCUUAAUAUUGAUAAUCUUCCUACAUUUAUAAAUGAGUACUUAAAUGCAUUUUAAAAAUCUCACAAAAAAUCAAUAAAAUAAUCCAUAAAUACAAAAAUUAUAGUCCCGUUCGUAGAAACAAUCGCAAUCAGUAGCUCCUUUUAUCCUUUAUAUACAUUAAGUUUAAUGAUCCGAUGUAUUAGCAUACCAUAACAUAACAAUGAAUAAAUACACACUUACAUAUUCCAGACUUGUAAUUCAAUGUUCUACAUAACAAUCACAAUAUCUCUACAACAUAAUAAGAAAUGGCCAAGGACCUUAUUCCAGUAAGUCAGCCACCAUCAAUGACCAUACUCAUUAUAAUCCGAUACCAUAAUGUUAUGAUAUAGGUACCUAAGUACUUACAGAAAUGUUAUUCUACAAUAACUUUGGCAAAACUAAAUUCUGACUGUGUCUUUUUGGCUAUGAAAUAAAACUUCCGUAAGAUCAAAUUG